CAUUGGUCCCAUCGGAGUAUGAUGGAGCUUUCUUGGGAAAUGAUCGCAAGGAUACUAAAAGAUGGAAUAAAAUGCGUAAAUUACGUAAAUCAAGCAGGCCAACGAUUAACAUUGAUAAUUCAAUUUCUGCGAAUGGAACUAUAAGUAAAACAAUAUGUAGCAGAAUGAUCAACAACAAAGCUGUAAUUAAGAGGAGGAAUCACGAAGAAGACGAAAUCAAUGAAUUUUUUCAAAAACCAAAUGAACAACAAUCCAAUCGUUUGACGCAUUCUUUCAUUAUCGAUCCUGACGAUGAAACCUAUAUUCAAAACAAUGUAUUUAUCUCUGAAGAACUUGAAGAGAUUCGUAACAUGGAAAUAAAAGACCUUCCUAAGAUGCCAACUGAAUUAUUAAAGUAUCUUGGCUCUUUUCGAAAGAAGAUGACAGAGGAUUUACGGAUAGUGCUUGAAGCACGACAAAACUGGGAGGGUAGAAACUUCAUCAGGACCAAACACUUUGAUUUUGACUGGAUAAAAAAUAGUGUUUACAAUUUAUUGUUAGAAUAUGAAUCUGGUACAUUACAACAAAAACACUUAGACCUUGCUUCCUCAAAACGUAAAAAUAGUAAAAGGGUAAUUCAAGGAUUAGUCGUAAUAACACGAAAAGCUCUUGGAAGAAAAGGUGAUUUAAUUCUAAGAAAAGGAAUACAUGAGUAUAGUGCUUCUGAGGUUGGAAAAGACUAUGAGGGUGAUAACGGGACGAAAUUACUUAAAGAGAGAGGACUAAAAAGUCCAAAGAUGCUUAAAGAUAUGCUGGUGGACUUGGGCAAUUUCAUAAUGUGGGAAACAAAUAAGUUGCGUCAAUUGGAACUAGUUAGCUUUAUACACGCUGGGCUUUUUAUGAUUUUAUUGCGUAUGGAUGCUCCUGCUGGCUACGUUUGUAGAAUAACAAGAUCAAAUACUUUACAAAUGCCAACCAAUGUUAAAUGUUUUGAGCAAGCCCUCAAAUGUAUAGUUUUAACCUGGAAAGCCAAAACGAUUAUCUGUAAAACAAUUGAUAUUGUUGAAGGAACAAAUAACAAUGAUAAUGAAGAUGAUGCGUUAGAGGAUUUGCAAAAGGCUGGCGUCC